AUGAGUGAUCAUAAUUGUGUUGUGUUCAAUUGGAAUGUGAGGGGACUGAAUAACCCCGCACGUCGCCAAGUUGUUCGUGAUUUGGUUGUUCGCAACCGCGCCUCCAUUGUCUGUCUCCAAGAGACCAAACUGGACUCCGUGGAUAAAAGGCUAAUUUUGGAGCUCCUUGGCCCCUUGUUCACUGAUGCCUUCUGCUUCCUCCCCGCGGACAGAACCAGGGGAGGAAUUAUCUUGGCUUUCAGUUCUGACCUCUUCAACAUCCAGAGCUCCUCCACCACCGCCAACACGGUCUCUGCUACUAUUGUCAUGCGCGCCUCUGUUGCUUCUUGGAGUGUCACUGCCGUCUAUGGGCCGCAGGGGGACACAGAGAAGAUGGCAUUCAUCAAUGAGAUCAAGGCUAUCCGCCCCACCAUGCUGCCGGCCUGGCUUCUCCUAGGCGACUUCAACCUCCUUUGCAAGGCUGCGGACAAGAGCAACGCCACCAUCAGCCGCAGACUGAUCAAUGCUUUCACUUCUGCUCUGAACUCCAUGGAACUCUCUGAGCUGCGACUUCACGGUCGACGCUUCACCUGGCUGAGCUCUUGCCAGCUGCAGACAAAGACCAAAAUUGAUCAUGUUUUCUGCACCUUGGACUGGGGACUGCUUUUCCCCCAAUGCUACCUGAGGGCCUUAUCCUCCUCGGUCUCUGACCACUGUGCCAUGGUUCUCACUGGACAGAUCAACCACCGGCGCUUCCGCGGCUUCCGUUUUGAAAAUUAUUGGUUAAAGAUGAGAGGUUUUGAUGAUGCGUUCUUCAACCUUCGCGGUAAUCAUUGGCACAUGUUGAAUUCUUCUCACAUUACUCUUCUGCCCAAAUCCAAUGAGGCUUCUCGCAUCAAGGAGUUCCGCCCCAUCAGUCUCAUGCACUCCGUCGAAAAGAUUGUUUGCAAGAUGUUGUCCAUCCGCCUGGCUCCGUUCCUAUCAGUGUUGAUCCCUCCCUCCCAGAGCUCUUUCAUCAAGACUCGCAGCAUCCAUGACAACUUCUUGUUUGUCAAGAAUGCCGUCCGGAAAUUACACUCUGUCAACGAUCCUGCUCUACUUCUGAAGCUUGACAUCGCUGGUGCCUUCGACAACGUUUCCUGGUCCUACAUGCUCGAGCUUAUGCCACGACUAGGCUUUGGGAGUAGGUGGUGCGACAUGGUCUCGCUGCUUUGGAGCUCCUCGUCUUCCCGUGUUAUGGCGAAUGGCGAGCUUGGCCAGCCCUUCUCCCACCGGUGUGGUCUACGCCAAGGUGACCCUCUCUCACCCAUGCUCUUUACUCUCGCCAUCGCUCCACUACAUUGGCUUUUUGCGCGUGCUGCCUCUUCUGGAGCCUUGUCCCCGAUCAAGUUACCCCCCUCCCAACUUCGGGUUAGUCUUUAUGCCGAUGACGCGGCUCUAUUCAUCGCCCCCAACGAGGCGGACAUCCUCCUCACAAAACACAUCCUCUCCAGCUUUGGCAUUGCUUCAGGCCUUGUCUGUAACAUUAGUAAGAGUGGCAUCUACCCCAUCUCCUGUGAACACAUAAACCUAGAAUCACUUCUACAGCACUUCCCCGUGCCUGUGCUUCAAUUCCCCUGUCGAUACCUUGGUCUCCCUCUCCACUAUAAGAACAUCACCAGGGCUGACAUCCAACCUAUUCUGGACAAGUUGGCUUCCAAACUUCAACGUUGGCGCGGCAAGCUCAUGUCUGGGGACGCUCGUCUGCGGCUUAUUAACUCCGUGCUCUCCGCCAUUCCGGUGUACUUAAUCACCAUUUUUAAGCUUGGUGCUUGGGCCAUCAAGCAAAUCGACAAGCUACGGCAGAACUUCCUGUGGCGCUCCCGGCCGGAGGCAGACAAGGGCAUUGCUCUGGUCAACUGGUCCACGGUAUGUCGCCCGAAAUACCUUGGGGGUCUUGGUGUGAUUGAUCUGAAGCGGUUUGGAAGGGCGCUGCGGCUUAGGUGGAAGUGGCUCGAGUGGCGGGACCAGAACAGGCCUUGGGUUGGCUCUCCCACUCCCUGUGACCGAGAUGACGAGGCUCUGUUUGCUGUUGCUACAAAUAUCACUGUGGGCAAUGGUUCGCGGGCUCGAUUCUGGCAAGACCGAUGGCUUCAUGGUGAGGCGCCUUGUCAACUAGCACCUGACGUCUUCCGUCUCUGCUACAGGAAGAACUUCUCAGUGGCACAAGGACUCGCAGACCAGCGCUGGUUGUCGGGUUUGCAUCGCAUAUCCACUGAGCCUGAGCUUCGUCAAUUCACCUUUCUUUGGACAAAGCUGCGGCACUUUGUUCUGGACCCGAACAGGGAAGAUAGUAUCUCUUGGAACCGCACUGUCUCGACGACAUACACUGCCAGAUCGGCAUAUCACGCUCAAUUUCUUGGUUCUGCACCGGUUGCUAAUUACGACAAGUUGUGGAAGGCCAAGGUCGAGGGCAAAUGCAGGUUCUUCUUCUGGCUUUUCCUCAAAGGCAAAAUUCUGACCAACGACAACUUGGCAAGGCGUGCACUCCCGCACAAUCCGAGGUGCAAUCUCUGCGAUCAGGAAGAAGAAUCUGCCUUCCAUCUUAUCCUGCAAUGCCCCUUUGCACGCUCUGUGUGGCACCUGGUGGAGAACUUCCAUUCUGCUCCUGGACUGGCCACGGCUGCCAUGCAUGCCACCUCUAUCAUCUCCUGGUGGAAUGAUGUAAUCUGCCCCCUUGGCAAGAAGACCACUACCACGGCCAUUUACACCUGCUGGAAUAUCUGGAAGGAACGAAACAGACGCGUAUUUGAGCAUAAGACUCUUGCUGAGCAGGGUGUGCUUCUCCUCAUCAACCAGGAAAUUCUUCAACCUAUGCUUUCAUCUCACUGGCUUAGUGAUGUUGAGAACCAGCCAGAACCUGAGCCAGACUAG